GCUAGCCCUACAUUCAUGCAGGUGCAAUCAUCAAGUAUAUAUCGUGGACGGGCAGUCAUGAAUCCAUCCUCCAAAACCACUCACCUCCUACCCACUCCAUCUUCCAUCACAUAGGAACAGUAUCAUGGCUCCCACCGAACUCGUCAACGACGUCCCCAUGCAGGGCGACGGCUUCUACAGCUCCAACUCGGGGCUGCAGCGCGCCGCCAUGCUGGAAGCCCUCCCGCUGCUCGCCGCCGCGGCAGCGAAAACCAAGGUCUCGUCGCGCGCAUUCACUGCCAUUGAAUAUGGCUCUGCGCACGGGAGUAACUCCUACCACCCCUUCAGCACCAUCCUGGAAUCUCUCCCCACGCCCCCAGAAGAAGCACACAUAAUCUUCAACGACCGACCCGUGAACGACUUCGUGACGCUCUCCAAGAACCUCAACAACAUGACCUUCCCCCUCCCCGCCACAAGCACGCUCCUCACCUCCAUGGCACCCAAAUCCUUCUACUCCGCCGUGGCCCCCAGCGGAAGCAUCGACAUCGGGUUCUCCCUCGCGGCCCUCCACCACCUGGACCAAGUCACGCCCGUCCCAGACGGCGUGAUGCCACCGCACGAGGAACGACAAGCCGAGUUCCGCGCGCAAGCACACACCGACCUGCGCGUCUUCCUGGGCCACCGCGCCCGCGAAAUCGUCCCGGGCGGCUCCCUCGUCCUCUCGUUCGUCGGCGACGCCUCCUGCGGCGAGGAGAACUACACCGGACCCGUCGAUGCAUGCCGCACCGCGCUGAUCGAUAUGCUCGGCGCGGGCCUCCUGCCCCCGAAUAUCGUGAGCGCGUUCGAGGUGCCCACGUACAACCGCACGCUGGGGGAUGUGCGGAAGUCGCUGGCCGAGGUGAGUGGCCAGUGGGCCGUGGAGGAGGUGUUUGAGCGUAGGGUGUUGCAUCCUGCUGUGAAGGAGUUGAGGGAGAGGAAGGAACGCGGCGAGGAGGGCGCCUCCGAGUGGUAUGCUGAUACCGUAGCGGAUUGGUUGAUGGCCGUCGUGUCGGGGUAUUUUGUCAAGGCGGUGGUUUAUCUCGGGCUCCGGGAUAAGGUGGACGAGUUGUUGGAGGAGUGGGUGAGGAGGACGAGGAAGGUGUUUUUGGAGAAGCAUCGUGAUGAGGAGGUUUAUUGUUGGUUUGUUUACGGGAGGUUGACUAGGCUUUGAGUUUGUGUUUGUUGGUUGGAUAUGGUGUGUUGUGGUGUAGUAGGUUAGGUCUCUAGAGAGAUACUGUCUAGAUGCGCUGGUGUAUAUCUCUGGAUCUGGA